CCACGCGCUGGAGGCCGACAUGGAGCUGGAGUUCCUGGAGACGGCCUGUGCUUGUAAGGCAGUCAUCUGUUGCCGCGUGACGCCCUUGCAGAAGGCCCAAGUGGUGGAGCUGGUCAAGAAGUACAAGAAGGCCGUGACGCUGGCCAUCGGGGACGGGGCGAACGACGUCAGCAUGAUCAAAACCGCCCACAUCGGCGUGGGCAUCAGUGGCCAGGAGGGCAUCCAAGCCGUGCUGGCGUCCGACUACUCCUUCUCCCAGUUCAAAUUCCUCCAGCGCCUGCUCCUCGUUCACGGACGCUGGUCGUAUCUCCGCAUGUGUAAAUUCCUCUGUUACUUCUUCUACAAGAACUUUGCCUUCACCAUGGUGCAUUUCUGGUUCGGCUUCUUCUGUGGCUUCUCAGCCCAGACCGUGUACGAUCAGUACUUUAUCACGCUGUACAACAUUGUUUACACCUCAUUGCCCGUCCUCGCUAUGGGGGUCUUUGAUCAGGAUGUGCCCGAACACCGCAGCCUGGAGUACCCCAAACUCUACGAACCGGGGCAGCUGAACCUCCUUUUCAACAAGCGCGAGUUUUUCAUCUGCAUCGCGCAGGGCAUCUACGCCUCCAUCUUCAUGUUCUUCAUCCCUUACGGGAUCUUCAGUGACAACGCCCACCUGGCCGACUACCAGUCCUUCGCCGUCACCGUGGCCACGUCCCUCGUCAUCGUGGUCAGCGUCCAGAUCGGCCUGGAUACCGGUUUCUGGACGGCCAUCAACCACUUUUUCAUCUGGGGCAGCCUGGCGGUUUAUUUUGCCAUCCUUUUCGUCAUGCAUAGCAACGGCCUGUUCCAGCUCUUCCCCAACCAGUUCCGUUUUGUCGGCAAUGCCCAAAACACCUUGGCCCAACCUGCGGUGUGGCUCACCAUCGCCCUGACCACCGUGGUCUGCAUCAUGCCGGUCGUUGCCUUCCGCUUCCUCAAGAUGGACCUCCGGCCAGAACUCUCGGACACGGUGCGUUACACUCAGUUGGUUCGCAAGAAGCAGAAAACCCAACACCGUUGCAUGGGCCGGGUGGGGCGCGCAGGCUCCCGACGCUCUGGCUACGCCUUCUCCCACCAGGAAGGUUUUGGGGAGCUCAUCACUUCCGGCAAGAACAUGCGGCUCAGCUCGCUGGCCCUUUCCAGCUUCAGCGGCCGCCCCAGCACCAGCUGGAUCGAGACGCUACGGAAGAAGAAAAACAGCGGCGGCGGCAGCGAGCCCAGCGUGCCCGAUAAGGCGGUGAAAGUAUGACACAACACCAGGGGAGCAUCAUAGACGAUGGAUGGACCUGUGUGUUAAAGAUCUCGAUCCGCCGUGAGAAUGGGGGCUCACUAAACGGGAGCAUAUCGGUCUUCGUAGCCAUGGCCGAGAACUCAGAACCGUGGCUUGAAGUCUAAAGCUAUCACCAUGUAACCAAACCACGUAGCACCCCCCACCCCCCCAAAUUCAAGCUGCCGGUGUAUUUGAGGUAGCUCGCUCUAGCUGGUCAGCGAAGGUGGGACAUUUAAGUGUUCCUCUACUUGGACAGAAAGCCCUUCAAGGGUUUUGCGCUCUAUUUUUGAGCCCAGGGAUAACUCCUCGUUCAGGUAACGUGACAUCAUUUCUCCAAAGUAUUACAAAUCAAGAAAAUUGGGGGUGUAAGAUGGAGGUUAGGACUGGGGGAGAUGUAGGAGCCCUCCUACUACAACCCUGUAGCCUUGUGCUUUGAGUUUGCCAUUUUUU